AUGGCAGCAGCGGCUGUCUCUAUUUCUUCACCGUUUGCCAUGUCUUCUCACCAACGACUCGCUGUCGCACCUCCCCCGGCUGCUUCUUCCUCUCGUUCCAAACAGCCCACUCCUUCAUCCCACUCUCCAACCCAGGAACCAACUAUCAAACCAUUCAAUCGCAUUCGCUCUUCACUGGAACAGAGUUUGCGUACUGCCACUCGUUCAAAGAAAGCCCCAGCUCCAGCAGCGGAUGAAUUUGCUACUGUCUCUGCAAAGAGCAAGGGAAAGGAAAAGGAAAAACACAAGGUACCAGAGGAAAAGCAAGGAAUGUUACGAAGGCUGGAGUCUAGAGUCAAUUUUAGACGGGUCACUCCGUCUCCCCAGCCACCAGUAUCAAUAUCUCCCAGUCCGAUGGAAGACAAGGUACGCUCAGCAGGAUCCACGAGUUAUACGACUCCUUCUCUAAGAAUGGCUUCCAUGUCUUCUCCUGCUUUGCAUCUGUCCUCACAGGCAUUGCCAUCUCCAAGGUCACGUCCUGCCAUUCCAGCCUCAUCGUCAUCUACCAGCGAUAGCCUGGUCACACCAUCUCGCGCGAGGUCUCGGCAGGCUGACUCGCCAACUACACCCACGACCCGUCAUCGGCCAACAAAGUCUUCCCCGAUCGAUAUUCCACCAUCGUCCUCCGUCUUAUCACUACAUUCGCCUCCAGAGACGCCUAGGCGACCUCGUCGGGAGCAGUCCAGUCCACCUGAUACCCCAACUCCCAUUCACGGAUCGAGAGGAUCGAAGCAAGCUUCAAGUUCGACAAGUCAUCUACCCCUCAAUGCUCCAUCUUCACCAUCGCACGUUAGACCACGGGAGACCAACCUCAAUCGUGCUCGUUCACCAUCAAUAUCACGAACACGCGUGGUCUCACCAUCACACCGCGGACUUACAUCUUCUUCUUCGACCCAUCUUCCUUCAAACUCUUCGCCGUCACCUCCGCCGACGCCUACUCCCUCUAGACCCCUUGAUGCUCGACGUCCAUCACUCGACUCUCCACGCCGAACAUCAUUUGGCCGAGAAGGAUCCGAAUCUCCGUCCCCAGCAGUCCGUUCCCGCCCGAUUUCACCCAAUCAGCGCGCGUAUGCAAAUCAUCGUCAUUUCAACAUCUCCACAACAUCCCUAUCUGGUCCUUCCAAUCCCGAACAUCGGGAGCUGAUACGAACUGCAACAGGUUUGUUGUGCAAGGAAACUACUAGGCCACCUUUGACUCAAACGGAAAGUGGUAAAAAGGACUGGGAGGGUGUAGAAGUCCGCAUGCGUUCGCUGGCAAGAUUAGAAAGGAUAUGGGGAAAGAGUGGUGUCCAAGCAAGUUCCAGCAACGUGAACGUGAACGGAUUGUCAUCUAGUGGACUCAGCGCAUCUGGAGAGGAACGAGAACGGAGGCUUUUUACUGAGGCACUCCGGGAUGGAUUUGUUUUGUGCCAAUCAAGCUCGAUUGUGCGGCCUGAUCCCAAAGAAGAUGGUUUUGCUCGUACCUCAAACAUUACCAAGUUCCUUGCUGCAUGCUCGUCAUAUGGACUAGCGAAUGAGGAUCUGUUUCAACGGGACGACCUUAUUGAAGCUUCCUCGGAAUCACUGGCCCGCGUUGCAAGAACCAUCAUCGCUCUCAUAAAAUUCGUCGACGCCCCGAUUACGAUUUCCGAUCGUUCCAAGGUUCUUUCAGGGCAGAGCAAGAAAUCGAGCUCUAACGAAACGAAUAGCGGGAGUAGUUCUGGUGGGGGAGGUGUAUCGCCAUCCAGUCCUUACAAACUAGGCACUGUAACAUCUCGAUCAGGGGCGUCAGCAUCCACUCCAAAUUUGGUGUCCAACAAUGGUUCUCGGACGACAUCCCCAACGCAGAACACAACAGGUGUAUCACCUACGCGCAAACGAUGGAGUCCUCCGAACCUCCUCCCAACUGUGCGGUCCGACAGUUCAGAAGAAGGAACGGUAUCCAAGGGAAAAUUUCAAGGAACAGGGCCCGUGUCUGUGUCCAUGACGCAAGAUGUGAAAUCCCAGAGGAAAGAUACAGAUCGAAUGCCACCAACCAGUAGCGGUGAUAAUGAUCGAGAGAGAGAUUUACCUAUGACUCCCCCUCCUAGAUCUCCUCUCCGUAUUCGUACUUCCCGCAAAUCCUCUUCUAGCUCACCGUAUCAACCAUCGACGGAUGACGGCAAGUCAUUAUUCACCUGGUCAGUAACCAAUUCUACAGCGUCACCUUCAUCACCUUCUCGAAUAUCAGCGGCUGAAUCUACCAGAGCUUCUGUCGGCGACGCAUCCAUGAGGGACUUCGAUCGACAUUCUAACGUCCGCCAAUCUGUCGCUUCCUCUGCUGUGACAGACAUGUCGACCUCCACGACCACGACCGUUCUCUCGAGUCUGUUGGAUGUUGGACGGGCUAGUAGUGCUGGUUUCAGUAAGUUUGGAACUAUCCGAACAAUGACUACUGAGGCGACCUCCGAGACGCCUUCCAUCACUCGAACGGAAGGUAGCUCUAUAGCUGAAGACCUCGCUCGAAAAUAUCGAGGCGUCCCAGAUAUAUUCGACCGGAAGUUGAGCGAUGCAGUAGUGGAUUUAACAAGAGUUGAGGAAGGAGAUGAAAGUGGUAGUUCCAGUGCUAAAGGUGGGGGCAGAGAUAAGCGUAGACAUCGGGGGGUAGAAUCAGAGGUUGAAAUAGAAAAGGAAAGAGCGGUAGAAAAGGGUCCAGGUCCAGCAAUACGUCUUGGUAAAGGUAAAUGGCCUGACGAUUUCAUGGAUGCGAUGCAAAGCCAUACUUCGAGUAAUCUAUCUAUCUCCACUUCUCCUACCUCUGAUCCGGUGGAGCGGUUGCGGACUCCUCCGAUAUCUGGUUCACCUCCCCGUAAACUUGCCGUAGUUGGUAUAGGCAGUUCUCGACGGAACGAAAGCGUCGAAUCGCUUCCUCAGUUCCCGCGCAGACCGUCCCAUCGUGCCCGACAUAGCAUUGACACCGCCGGUGUUCCACCUAAAGAGGCGCUUCUUCGAAGAGAAGCUAGUCCGGAUGGGGUGCCAACUCGGGUUUUGCCCAGACGACAUAGCACGAAGCCCCGUCCGGCUCAUUUGCUACCCAGGGGUGUGAAUGAUGAUAGUGACAGCCUCGUUCCGUUUCCUCGUUCGGUAUCAGGUGAAAACACCAAUUCACCUUCCCCAUAUUCGUCCGAAGAUGCCUCUGGGUCUCAACAACGCCUUGAAAAGCCUCAUCAACCUCGAGGACGGUUUCAAAGUGAUAUCGAAGGAUCAAGCAGACGGCGUCCCCGCCCAAAUUCGUAUGACGAACUUGGAGCCAAACCUGCUAGGUCGAGAUUUGAGAGUAUGGUCAAUCUUGGUGGCGCUUCCGGGAACACUAGUGCGAGCGAUUUGAUGUCUAGAGAUUCUAUAGAUGGAAGCGCAGUGCGCAAACCUUUGAUUAUCAAGGAGGAAGGGAAAGUCCCGACCCAUUUUCAACUUGGAAAUUGCAUUGGAAGGGGUCAAUUUGGUUCUGUGUACCGCGCCCUUAAUCUCAAUACUGGUCAAAUGGUUGCGGUAAAGCGGAUUCGAUUAGAAGGGCUCAAAGAAGAGGAAGUUACCCAGCUAAUGCGCGAGGUCGACCUCGUAAAGAGACUUUCUCACCCCAGUAUCAUCAAGUAUGAGGGGAUGCAUCGCGAUGCCGACACAUUGAGCAUCGUCCUGGAGUAUGCAGAGAAUGGUUCUCUUGGCCAGACCGUCAAAGCCUUUGGUAAACUUAACGAGAAACUUGUCGCCAGUUAUGUUGUUCGUAUACUUGAAGGGCUUCAUUAUUUGCAUCAAAGCGAUGUGGUCCACUGUGAUCUCAAAGCUGCUAAUAUCCUAACCACCAAGAAUGGCAAUGUCAAACUGUCAGAUUUUGGUGUUUCGCUCAAUUUGCGCGCGGUCGAACGCGAGCAGGACGUCGCGGGAACCCCGAAUUGGAUGGCACCUGAGGUCAUUGAACUCAAAGGUGCUUCUCCCAAAUCGGAUAUCUGGUCCUUGGCGUGCACUGUUAUCGAGCUUCUGACCGGGCGCCCACCCUAUGGCGAUAUCCCAAACAGCAUGUCUGUGAUGUUCCGUAUCGUCGAAGAUGAUAUGCCCCCGAUCCCACCAGGUGUUUCUCCGCUUCUAGAAGACUUCCUGAAACAAUGUUUCCACAAAGAUCCUGCCCAAAGACCUAGCGCUGAAUUACUUUGCGAACAUCAAUGGCUGAAACAGAACUGGGGUGGUUACAAGGAGCUUCGUCCGCAAGACAGUAUCCCGUUCCUCCGCCGUGUCAGCGCUGACCUUCAGAAGUCAGAAGUUGUCCGAUACUUGUCGCAAAUCGAAAUGCCUGGAUCUAUACUGGAGCCCUCAUCGCACGAAGAUAUUGUUAGUGGGUCACCUCCCGGUCGUCGAAUGUCCAAUACAUCCAUGCGGCCUUCAAAUGAUGAGAUAUCGCCACGAGAUCACUCCUUCGUCAAGACCACAUUCAGCAAACCCAUGGUGUGUAGAGUGUGUCUCUUACAUGUCAAGAAGAGUGCCGUUUUAUGUGCACAAUGUAGCCUCAUCUGCCACUCGAAAUGUACUGAUAACGCCCCUCCUACUUGUGACCUUCGUGCGCAACUAUUGCUCUACGCUCAAUACGCUGAGAAAGGUAAUCCCAGUAGUGCCUACUCCAAUCCAGCCGAUAUCCUGGGUAAUGCUCAUCCCAAAAGUCCCAUGUCUGAUGUCGCAUUCGUGUCGCAUACUCCACGUACCAGCUUAGAUACCGCCCCACCGCAAGUUCCACCAUCCCCGUCACCAGCUAGUGCUGUCCAUCCGCCCGUCGCCUUCAAGUUCAUGAAUUUCAAGCGACCGAAAGUUGGUCAUCCACCAACUGAUCCGGCCCACUUGUCUUCGUCGCCUUCGCUGGAAAACAUGGCACGCAAGCCAACUGUGUUGCGCAAAGCUCACGAUGAUCGGGCACCAUCGGUGAAGAGCAGCAGCACUCAGGCAAACAGCUCGAUGCGGAGUGCCGGGACUGUAGCAAGCACUAGUGGUAUCUCUGAAGGUGUUGUAGAAUCCGAUGCUAGGGCUUCCCGAGUAACGUCUCAGUCGGGACCUUCUGACAAUGGCGACAUUCGAAUGCCCGGAGAGUUGUCUGACACUAACCGCCAACAUCGGAAGAACAAAUCCUCCAACAACUGCAUAGUACAAUGA